UCACAUACAUACACACACAUACACACACGGAGUCGAUCUGAGCCGAAGCAGGUUGAGUGUGAACGAACGGACCAGUCGUUCCCGUCUAUCUUUCUCCUCCGGAUUAUCCGCCCUCUUGUCGUCGGUACUGGUACCAGGAGCCGGGAGCAGUUUCGCAGUCGACUUCUGCCAGUACCGGCUGGUCUCGUGCAGCCUUCAUGAGAGGGGAAAGCGACACGAGACACUUUGGUUUCACGAGCUAACCGGACCUCUUUACCCUCCAACCUCCCUCCUGUCUGCUUCCAGUCAUGACCUGCUGACACUCUUCAUCCACCCGUGGACAACUCCUCCUUCCUUUCCCGUCUUGUCCAUCUCCCACCAUGCUUCCCUCCCCCGUCCCCGCCCUCUCGCUCCUCUUGCUCUCCUGGCCCCUCCUCCUCCUCUGUGCUCCGGCGGCAGCGCCUCCCCCCCUGGUGGCGGCAGGUGGCCGAGCGGCGUACCGGGUGUUUGACACCUCCCUCACCCACCUGACCGUCCACAAGAGGACAGGCGAGGUUUUCGUCGGAGCCGUCAACCGAGUCCUCAAGCUGUCGGCCAAUCUGACUGAGAUGAGGAGUCACAUGACCGGACCGGUGGAGGACAACGCCAAGUGUUACCCCCCACCUAGCGUCAGGGCCUGCGCUCACCGCCUGGACUCUUUGGACAACGUGAACAAGCUUCUCUUGGUGGACUACACGGGUAACAGGCUGGUGGCGUGCGGAUCCAUCUGGCAGGGCGUGUGCCAGUUUCUCCGACUGGAGGACCUCUUCAAACUGGGGGAGCCUCACCACCGCAAGGAGCACUACUUGUCCGGUGCCAGAGAGGCUGAUGGGAUGGCAGGUGUGGUUGUUGGCGAGGACGACUGGACCAAUGACCCCAAGAGAAAGAAAACGGCAAAGGGCGGCAGCCGCCUCUUCAUCGGCGCCGCCAUCGACGGAAAGUCGGAGUACUUCCCGACGCUGUCCAGCCGGAAGCUGGUGGCCGACGAGGAGAGCGUCAACAUGUUCUCGCUGGUCUACCAAGACGAGUUUGUGUCAUCGCAGAUCAAGAUCCCGUCGGACACGCUGUCUCUCUACCCGGCCUUCGACAUCUACUACGUCUACGGCUUUUCCAGCCGCACUUACGUCUACUUCCUGACGCUGCAGCUGGACACGCAGCUGACACAGAUGGACGCCGGGGGAGAGAAGUUUUUCACCUCCAAGAUCGUGAGGAUGUGCUCCAACGAUACAGAGUUCUACUCCUACGUGGAAUUCCCUCUAGGAUGCACCAAGGACGGCGUGGAGUACCGACUGGUGCAGGCUGCCUUCAAACAGAAACCGGGACGGCGCUUGGCUCAGGCACUCGGACUGUCGGAGGACGACGAUGUCCUCUUUGUCAUCUUCUCUCAGGGUCAGAAGAACCGCUCGAACCCCCCCAGAGAGACCCUCCUGUGUCUGUUUACGCUGCACGACAUCAACCUGGCCAUGAGAGAGAGGAUACGCUCCUGCUACCGCGGGGAGGGCCGCCUCUCGUUGCCGUGGUUACUCAACAAGGAACUGCCCUGCAUUCAUACACCCAAGCAGAUUGGAGACGACUUCUGCGGCCUGGUAUUGAAUCAGCCGCUGGGGGGUCUACGCGUCAUCGAAGGAAGUCCGUUGUUCGAGGACCGCACCGAGGGCAUGGGCGCCGUGGCGGCAUACACGUACGGCGAACACACUGUGGUUUUUGUGGGGACACGCAGCGGCCAACUGAAGAAGGUGAGCGCUUUUUGGAUGCAUUGGAUCUAUCCCUGGUUGCACACCUGCACGCCUCCGGCAUGUUCGUUGUUGUUGUUGUUUCAGGUGACCAGACUUCCCGUGGAGACAUGCGAGCAGUAUCAGUCUUGUUUGGGCUGUUUAUCUUCAGGAGACCCUCACUGUGGAUGGUGUGUCCUCUACAACAAAUGUUCCAGAAUGGAAGCAUGCGAGAAAUGGCAGGAGCCUCAACACUUCAACACCAAGCUUGACCAGUGUGUCAACAUCUCCGUUACCCCCAGCAACAUGUCCGUCACCGCCCCAGCAACGCAGCUCAGCAUACGAGUCCACCACGUGCCCGUGCUGUCGGGGGGCGUGUCCUGCGUCUUCGAAGACAUCAGCGAAACCACGGCGGAGGUGGGGGCUGACGGUCAGGUGACGUGCAUGUCGCCCACGCUCCGAGACCUGCCGCCACACUCCUACGGAGAGAAACGAGACGUCCAACUCAGUCUUCGAUCCAGCGAGACAAGACGCACCUUCAUCAGCACCAACUUCACCUUCUACAACUGCUCUGUGCUCAAUUCGUGCACUUCCUGUGUGGGCAGCAUGUUUGCGUGUCACUGGUGCAAGUAUCGUCACAUGUGCACCAACAACCUGGAGGACUGCUCUUUCCUGGAGGGACGCGUCAGCACGGCCCAGGGCUGUCCUCAGAUACUGCCCACAUCCGACAUCCUGGUGGCGGCCGGUCUGGUUCGUCCGAUCACGUUGCGAGCACGCAACCUCCCGCAGCCUCAGUCGGGCCAGAAGAACUACGAGUGCGUGUUCCAUAUCCAAGGGAAAGUCCAGCGCAUUCCGGCGGUGCGCUUCAACUCGUCCUGCAUCCAGUGUCAGAACACUUCGUACUGGUACGAGGGAAUGGAAGCAGCUGACCUUCCGGUGGACUUCAACAUCGUCUGGGAUGGUGACUUCUUCAUUGACAAGCCGGUGUCCAUGAAAGCGUUGCUCUACAAGUGCGAGGCUCAACGGUCGAGCUGCGGCCAGUGCUUGAAAGCGCCGACCGCGUUCCAAUGCGGCUGGUGCGCCGAAAGCAGGAAGUGCGUGCUGCGUCAGCACUGCCCGGCGCCGGAACACAGCUGGAUGCACCACGGACGCCACAACGUGCGCUGCAGCCACCCUCGCAUCAACAAGAUCGCUCCCCUGACGGGGCCUCGCGAAGGGGGGACUCGAGUGACCAUCGAGGGGGAAAACUUGGGUCUGCAGGUGAAGGAGAUCACACAUGUGCAGGUGGCCGGUGUUCGCUGCACGCCCGUUCCCUCGCUCUACAUCAGCGCGGAGAGGGUGGUGUGCGACAUGGCGGAGGCGCUGCUGCCUCACUCUCCUGGCGGUGCAGUGGAGUUGUGUAUCGGCGUGUGCAGCGCCGAGUACCGCACUAUGUCCACACAAGCGUACGCCUUCGUGAGUCCCAGUUUGAGCAACGUUCGUCCAGAGAGAGGUCCGGUUUCCGGAGGAACCAGACUGACGGUGACGGGUCGGAACUUGGACGCCGGCAGCAGCGUGUCGGUCUUCAUCGAUAAAGACGAGUGUCUGUUUGUCAAACGCAUCAAUCGGGAAGUGGUUUGCAUCACUCCCGCCUCACCGUCUGGAGUCGGCCCCGCCCCCAUCCGCCUGAUGAUCGAUAAGGCCGAAGUGACCAGCUCGGAGAUCAAAUACGCAUACACGGAGGACCCAACCAUCAGCGCCAUAGAACCUAACUGGUCCAUCCUCAACGGUAGCACGGUGAUCACUGUCACGGGAACCAACCUGCUCACCAUCCAGGAGCCCAAAGUCAGAGCCAAGUAUGGCGGCGUGGAGACAAACAACUUCUGCACGGCGGUCAAUGACAGCGUCAUGACAUGUUUGGCUCCCGGCCUGGUCUACGGCAAACCCAACCCGCCGGAGGGGGCGCUGCAUGCCGACGAGUUUGGCUUCAUCUUGGAUCAGGUGUCAUCCCUGCUGGUGCUUAACUCCACCUCCUUCACGCACUACCCCAACCCGACCUUUGACCCCCUGGGCACCUCAGGAAUCCUCGAGGUCAAGCCGGGGUCGCCCAUCAUCCUCAAGGGGAAGAAUCUGGUCCCGGCCGCCCCCGGCAACAACCGCCUGAACUACACCGUUCUGAUCGGCGAGUCGCCGUGCUUGUUGACGGUGUCGGAACAUCAGCUGCUUUGCGAUUCGCCGGAGUUGACCGGAGAGCAACGUGUGCUGAUCCUGGUCGGCGGUUUGGAGUUCUCCCCGGGAACGCUGCACAUUUAUUCGGACAGCGCCCUCACGCUGCCCGCCAUCAUCGGCAUCGGCGCAGGUGGCGGCGUGCUGCUGGUAGCCAUCAUCGCCGUACUGAUCGCCUACAAGCGAAAGACGCGCGACGCCGACCGCACACUAAAGCGUCUUCAGCUACAGAUGGACAACCUCGAGAGCAGGGUGGCGCUGGAGUGCAAAGAGGCCUUUGCCGAGCUGCAGACCGAUAUUCAGGAGCUGACCAACGACAUGGACGGAGUGAAGAUUCCCUUCUUGGAAUAUCGUACUUACACCAUGAGGGUCAUGUUCCCAGGAAUUGAAGAACAUCCUGUACUCAAGGAGCUGGAUUCGCCGGCCAAUGUGGAGAAAGCCCUGCGACUUUUCAGCCAGCUUCUCAACAACAAAAUGUUCCUGUUGACCUUCAUCCACACGCUGGAGGCUCAGAGGUCGUUCUCCAUGCGGGACCGCGGGAACGUGGCCUCGCUGCUGAUGGCCGCGCUACAGGGUCGCAUGGAAUACGCCACGGUGGUGCUCAAGCAGCUGCUGGCGGACCUUAUUGAGAAGAACUUGGAGAACCGGAACCACCCCAAACUGCUGCUGAGGAGAACGGAGUCUGUGGCUGAGAAGAUGCUGACCAACUGGUUCACCUUCCUUCUGUAUCGCUUCCUCAAGGAGUGUGCCGGCGAGCCUCUGUUUAUGCUCUACUGCGCCAUCAAGCAGCAGAUGGAGAAAGGGCCCAUCGACGCCAUCACGGGCGAAGCGCGUUAUUCCCUCAGCGAAGACAAACUCAUCAGGCAGCAGAUUGACUACAAGCAGCUGACGAUGAUGUGCAUCCCCCCGGAGGGCGAGGCGGGAACGGAGGUGCCGGUCAAGGUGUUGAACUGCGACACGGUGACGCAGGUCAAAGACAAGUUGCUGGACGCCGUCUACAAGGGGAUUCCCUUCUCGCAGCGACCGCAGGCUGACGAUAUGGAUCUCGAGUGGCGUCAAGGUCGCCUGACCAGAAUAAUCCUGCAGGACGAAGAUGUGACCACAAAGAUUGAGAGCGACUGGAAGCGACUCAACACGCUUGCUCACUAUCAGGUAACAGACGGUUCCCUGGUGGCCCUGGUCCAGAAGCAGGUUUCUGCUUACAACAUCGCCAACAGCUUCACGUUCACCAGAUCACUCAGCAGAUAUGAAUCGUUACUGCGCACGUCCAGUAGUCCUGACAGUCUGAGGUCCAGAGCGCCCAUGAUCACACCGGACCAGGAGACAGGAACAAAACUUUGGCACCUGGUCAAGAACCACGAGCACAGUGACCAGCGGGAAGGAGAUCGCGGCAGCAAAAUGGUGUCCGAAAUCUACCUGACGCGCCUGCUGGCCACCAAGGGGACGCUGCAGAAGUUUGUGGACGACCUGUUUGAGACGGUCUUCAGCACGGCCCAUCGAGGCUCCGCUCUGCCGCUGGCCAUCAAAUACAUGUUUGACUUUCUGGACGAGCAGGCUGACAAGCGACAGAUCAGCGACCCGGACGUGCGACACACCUGGAAGAGCAACUGUCUUCCUCUUAGGUUCUGGGUCAACGUCAUCAAGAAUCCGCAGUUUGUUUUCGACAUCCACAAAAGCAGCAUCACCGACGCUUGCCUGUCGGUCGUGGCCCAGACCUUCAUGGACUCUUGCUCCACAUCGGAACACCGACUUGGAAAGGACUCCCCGUCCAACAAGCUGCUCUACGCUAAAGACAUCCCCAACUACAAGAGUUGGGUGGAGAGGUAUUACAGAGACAUCGCCAAAAUGCCGACCAUUAGCGACCAGGAUAUGGACGCCUAUCUGGUGGAGCAGUCGCGUCUGCAUGGCAAUGAGUUUAACACGCUAAGCGCGCUCAGUGAGCUUUACUUCUACAUCAACAAAUACAAGGAAGAGGUUCUGACUGCGCUGGACCGCGACGCCUACUGCCGCAAACACAAACUGCGCCACAAACUGGAACAAGCCAUUAACUUGAUGUCAGGAAGCUGAGGAGGCAAAACCGAGACGCCUGCGAACUGGGGGAGGGGAGGGGGGGUCUGAUUUCUUUUAUUUUUAUUCUGAACUGCACCAAUCAAUCAACAAAUUUGCUAUUUAUUUGCCAAACGACGGGCUGGGACCCAUUUGUGGAAUUAGCAUCGGGAGCUAAACGGGGGCUGCGACGGACCCUCCACGCCAUGUAAAUAACCACAACGGGGCAAACGAGCGACCACUAAGUGAACAUCCAAUCACGCCACGCCUGCUGACCGACCACAGCUGUGUCCCCUCAUCCCUCAUUGGUCAGCCACGCUGACCUCCAAUUGGCUGGGAGAACUCUUUUCGUGUUUACUGCCCCUUUCUAUCUGUCCCCCGACUACUCUGGACUGCACCACCUUGCGGAACAUUCCGGCGCCGUUCUUGCCCUCUUUCCCGGAGUGCCAUGUAAAGACCUGAACCAAGACCGAAACAAACUCGGACCAAAGCCGAGAUCAAAGAUCGAAGCUGAAACGGACUCGAUUUCAAAGACCUUGUAAAGUAAAAUUAAAGAGACAAAACGACGACGUUUACAUUUGGCAUCGAGGGGAAGCUGCUGAUUGGCUCUUCACAAGGAAGGAAGGAAAGCCACUACUGGACCAACGCCACUGUGUGUGUGUGUGUGUGUGUGUGUGUGUGUGUGUGUGUGUGUGUGUGUGUGUGCGUGCGCGCGCGUGUGUGUGGGAGGAAGCAACAGACUGAAAAUGCUCGUUCAAGCUGUUGGGUCAGGUCUAAUUAAUGAACUCAGUCGACUGAAAAUGUUAGCUCGUAUUUUUGGGUCGGGUUUAAUUACUUAAACCGACAGACAAGGCUCGUUGAUGCCGUUGAAUUAGACCUAAUCCCUGAAAUCAACGACUUGAUAAUGUUAUUGCUGUUGGGUUAGGUCGAACGAUUGCAAUCAACAGUCUGAAAAUGUUCGUUGGGUCAGGUCUAAUAACUGAUAUCAGCAGACUUGAAAAUAUUAGCUCAUGCUGUUGGGUCUGGUCCGGUUGCUGAAAACAACAGACUGAAAAUGCUCGUGGGGUGGCUGUGGGGUCAGGUCUAUUUACUGAAAUCACACAUGCACACAAGGGUAUUUAUUGAUGAACUUCUUUUAUUUAAAUCAUUGUUUACACAUUAUUUAUUAUGGGUGCCAACCAGCCAGGUGUUGAUGAACUUGCUGUCGUCGGUGAUGGUGGCGUUUGACGGGAGCAUCGGUCACACACACAUGCUUCUAUGCCUUGCCAUGCAAAUGUUGUUUGUAGCGCCGCCGCUAUUGGUGAGGACGCGUGACUCAUGUUUGAUGGCGAGAAGACCAUCCGAUCGGCGUCACAUCAGGAAACCAUACCGCCGGUAGUGGUCGACUGCCUGGACAAAACACUUGACCGGGAAGAUUCUCCAUGAUGUCAUCAGAACAAAAAGAAGGAAAAGAAACAUGUUUAUUUAUGAAAACAUGUUUGAGCAUUGCCUUGUUUGAUUUUUACUUUGAAAUGUAACCAUGACCACCAUGUCCAUGUAAUAGCCUGUGUCUUUUUUUCUACAUCGCCAUUGCCUUGGUUUGGACUUUGUUGACAUCAUUACUAAAGUGUAAACCACACCUGA